AUGUCCGCCCUCCAUAAUAUCGACGAGAACAGCACAAAACCGUCUCCCAACCUCUCACGUUCUCCCGCCGUUCAACACCGCAUCCCCAACGAAAUUCACAGACGGCGUUCCUCCAGUGUAUCCCAUGUCGAUGUCGAUUUUUUCGACCCCGCUGGCGUCCAGGGCCUCCAGCGCGCAGUCACUGCCAUGUCCGAGCGGAGUAUGCGACGACGCUCAUCAGUCGUUGAGUCGGACGGCACUCUCACUCCGGGCGAGGGCCCUUUUGACCUCGAGAAGACGAUGAAGUUUGUCGUGAAAAAGUUUGUCGUUAUCUCCCAACUCGUCAGCACAAAAUGUUUACAUCUGCUAGACUCGAAGAAGCUCAAAUCGAAACGCGUGAGCUGGGCGUGGUUUUCCAAGACCUGAAAGUUGUCGGACUUGGUGCAAACGCGUCAUAUCAGCCCACUCUUGGCUCGACCCUGAAUCCACUCUCUAUUUUGGAGCAAAUCAGGGCUUCGCGUCAUCCCCCGCUGCGCAACAUACUAGACGGCUUUACUGGAUUAGUCCGACCGGGCGAGAUGCUUCGUGAGUUCUUAGCGCUUGGUAAAGAAUAUCACUCAUUCCGGCCUCCAGUCGUUCUCGGCAGACCCGGCUCGGGCUGUUCGACGCUUCUCAAGACACUCUCCAACCACACCGAAGAAUUCCACUCCGUUUCCGGUUCCAGACACUACGACUCCCUCACCCCAGAAUACAUCCACGCCCAUUUCCGAGGCGAUAUUCGAUAUUGCCCAGAAGACGAUGUCCACUUCCCGACUCUCACUGUUGAGCAAACUUUGGAAUUUGCGGCUCGGCUGCGUGCGCCGCAAGCCCGAGCGAGGUUUCAAAAUCGCGAGGAUUAUAUUUCCAUGAUGGUGGAGAUCCUCUGCACCGUUUUCGGUCUACGCCACGUCCGGCAAACCUUGGUCGGUGACAACGCCAUUCGCGGUGUGUCUGGGGGAGAGAAGAAGCGUGUCAGUAUUGCAGAAGCAUUGGCGAUGCGGACUCGUUUGGGAGCCUGGGACAAGUACGCGUUUGACUUUGAUGCCAUCAACUCUGGAUUGACUUGAUUCCUUUAGUUCCACACGUGGAUUGGACGCUUCGACUGCUCUUGAGUUCGGUCGCGCACUGAGGAUUGCAACUGAUAUUGGUCGCCAAUCGACCAUUGUAUCCAUCUACCAGGCUUCCGAAACUUUGUACACGCUCUUCGACAAAGUCUGCGUAAUUAGUGAAGGUAGGAUGGUCUACUUUGGGCCAGCCGAUCAGGCACGCGAAUACUUCCUGUCGUUGGGAUAUGCACCUCAAGCAGAGCAACAAACAACGCCAGACUUCAUUGUCUCCGUGCGUUAUGAUUCAUGGGUUUUAUUUGAUUCAUUCUAACCCCGGGCAGGUAACGGACCCCGUCGGUCGUAUUGUUCGCCCAGGAUUGACGCCAGAAGAAGAUGCACAUCGUCCACGGACGUCUACUGAACUGGCCGAUCAUUUCCUCAAAUCGGCUUUGAUGAAGAGAAACCUGGAAGAUAUCGAGGCUUAUCAGCAGGAAUGUGCGCCAGGGCAAGAGGACCGAGUUGAGAACUACAAGCGCAGUGCCCAAGCCGAGCAUGCAAAGGGCACCAGGAGAGCGUCGUAUGUGUCGGUCUUGAGAGUAAAAGGCUCCGCUAAUUUUGAUGUAGGCCAUACACAACCUCGAUUUUCAUGCAGGCCCGUGCUGUCAUGCUGCGUCGUGUUCAGAUCAUCAUGGGGUCCAAGCUGCCAACGAUAAUCAACCUCGUGUAACUACUCUCUUUAUUUUGUUCUCUUACAGUUUAACUUUGUUUUCAGGACUUUUGUCAUUCAAGGUCUUAUUGGUAGGUUACUUUUCGAGAAGACCUGGGAAAACUGUUUAUUCUUUACAGUUGGUUCCGUUUUCGUCAACUCUCCCGAGUCAACCUCAGCGUACUUUUCUCGCGGAGGUGUCAUGUUCUUGUGGGUUUCGCUACUGCUUUUACAACCAAUACUCAAUGAAUUAGCGCCCUCUUAUUUGCCGCGUUGUCGAGUAUGGCAGAAAUUGCCACAUUGUUUGCGCAGCGGCCUAUUGUGCUCCGUCAGAGCAAAGCGGCCCUCUACCACCCAUUCAUUGAGGCUCUUGCUUUGACCCUCGUCGACUUGCCUAUCACGUUCGCUACUUGCUCAGUUCGUUGCUUGCUUCUAUUCUCUUUCUUGUUGCUGAUUGUUCUCAUUAGGUUUUCUCGAUUAUACUCUACUUUAUGGUUGGCCUUCAACGGACCGCAGAACAGUUCUUGUAUGUCCCAAUGAUUACCAUGGACUGGAUUUGACCUUUUUCAUAGUAUAUUCUUUUUAUUCCUUUUCAGUAUGGCAUUGACUAUGAAGGCCUUUUUCCGCGCCAUCGCGGCGGCUUUCAAGUCUCCUGCCACAGCCCAAUCAGUUGUAGGCCUAGUUCUACUCAUGCUCGUUUUGUACACCGGCUAUGCCAUUCCCAAGCCAGUAUGUUUCUAGUUUUGCCCCAUGUCAACACACACUGAUUCUUUGACAGUCGAUGUGCGCUUUCGGCUGAUGUCUCCACUUAUCUUGUUGACAUUCUCUCUAGGAUCGGCGCCUUGCGGUGGAUAACCUACAUCAAUCCUCUCCGAUAUGGCUUCGAAUCGGUCAUCGCGAACGAAUUCCGCACUCUGAAUGGAACGUGCUCCUCUUUGGUUCCCCAAGGACCGGGGUACGAGAACAUCACACUCGCGAAUCAAGUCUGCGCGACCGUUGGGGCCUUGCCCGGGCAAAACUUUGUCGACGGGAAUGCAUUCAUCAAAGCUUCAUAUGACUACUCGUACAGCAAUGAAUGGAUGGUAACUCGCCUUCCGCAAUGAGCAAAUGCAUAUCCAUUACUAAUUGGGCUUCCUCAGAACUUCGGCAUUGUGGUUGCUUUUGGUGUCGGCUUCAUCGCGUUUCUCCUAUUCUUCUCUGAAAUCAACACCUCUUCGACGACCGACAACCCUGUGCUUCUGUUCAAGCGCGGUACCAAAGGAGCCCCAGCACUCAUCAAAGCCGGCAACAGCGACGACAUCGAGAAGGCAUCUGCUCGAGAUAGCGAUUCGGCGACUGUUGCGGAGGCUGACAAGACGAAGGAACUCGUGGCUGCUGCUGCACCUCGUAUGACGGACAUUUUCUCGUGGCAGAACCUCAACUACAUCGUGCCGGUUAAAGACGGGGAGCGCAAGUUGCUCGAUAAUGUCUCGGGAUUUGUGGUUCCCGGGAAGCUGACUGCUUUAAUGUUCGUCAUGUCUCAAUUGUUUAUAACCGAAAAGUUAAUUGAUGGGUGCAGGGGCGAAUCGGGUGCAGGCAAGACUACUCUGCUCAACGUGUUGGCGGAACGAACGACUACCGGUGUUGUUCAAGGAGAUAUCUUCGUCAACGGACAUCGGCCCCCUCAUGACUUCCGUUCCCAAACCGGUUAUGUCCAACAAAUGGACACCCAUGUCCCAACCGACACAGUUCGUGAGGCUUUAUUGUUCUCUGCGACGCUUCGUCAGCCAGCCUCUGUUCCCAUGGAAGAAAAGGUUGCCUAGUGAGUGAUAAUUCUUGUCUGAUGUUAGUUUUUGAAACGUUACAGUGUCGAAACCUGCUUGAAGAUGUGUGGAUUAGAAGAGGUCGCUGACGCGUCCGUCGGAAGUCUUGGGAUCGAGCAUCGUAAAAGGACCACCAUUGGCGUCGAGUUGGCAGCAAAACCCAAACUGCUCCUCUUCCUCGACGAGGUAUGUUUGCAGUUUUGUGAGUUUCAAGUAACUGAUUAGGCCCAGCCCACGUCCGGUCUUGACUCUCAGAGUGCUUGGGCCAUCAUGUUGUUCCUUCAGCAGCUUGCUGCGAACGGUCAGGCCAUCCUUUGCACCAUUCACCAGGCGAGUUUUUGCAUUAUUUCUCCUUCGGCAACUGACGCCGAUCAAUAUAGCCUUCGGCCGAAUUAUUCCAGAUCUUUGACCGGCUGCUCCUGCUGAGGAAAGGAGGACAGGUUGUUUACUUUGGCGAUCUUGGACCCAGUUCAUCCACGCUCAUCAACUAUUUCCAACGGAAUGGUGCGCGGUCGUACCAGGCGGGGGGAGAACCCCGCCGAAUUCAUGCUGGAUGUUAUCGGAGCUGGCGCGACUGCUACCAGCUCGCAAGAUUGGGAAGCUGUUUGGCGCAAAUCCUCCGAGUCGUCGCAAUUCCGCGAAGAGCUGGAACGGAUUCAGGCGGAAGGCCGGGCGCGUGGCGCCGUUGAGGCCGAGCUUCAUGCCGAUUUUGCGACACCAUGGAUCCAGCAGGCAACGAGUUUGUUCCGGCGGGAUAUUCGAUUCAGAUGGAGAAAUCCCACCUAUCUCCUUGCAAAACUCGUUCUCAACAUUGCGUCGGGUCUAUUCAUUGGUUUUACUUUCUACAAGCCGAAAGCGACGCAACAAGGAACGCAGAACCAGCUUUUUGCCAUCUACAUGUCGACUAUCUUGGCUGCCCCUCUUUCCAACCAACUGCAAGUCCCAUUCCUCGAAAUGCGAAAUAUCUACGAGAUCCGUGAAGGCCCGACCAAGUUCUACAGCUGGACGGCACUCAUCACGUCUGCAUUCCUCUCGGAACUGCCUUGGAACAUCAUUGGGUCCUCGCUGUACUUCCUGUGUUGGUUCUGGACAGUCGGUUUCGACAACGAUCGCGCUGGCUAUACCUACCUGAUGCUUGGUGUGGUGUUCCCGCUGUAUUACACCUCGCUGGGCCAAGCAGUAGCCUCGAUGGCUCCCAACGCCGAAAUUGCUGCUGUCCUGUUCAGCUUCUUCUUCUCGUUCAUCCUGACUUUCAAUGGUGUCCUGCAGCCCUUCCGCGCGCUCGGAUGGUGGCAGUGGAUGUACCGCGUCUCGCCUUUUACAUAUAUGACUGAGGGUCUUUUGGGUCAAGCGCUGGGGAGACAUCCCAUUACUUGCAGCGCGGUCGAGCUCGUGACGAUCGAGCCACCAGCCGGUCAAACCUGCGGACAAUUCAUGGCGACCUAUAUCUCGAACGCGGGUGGAUAUUUGACGAACCAGGAUGCGACGUCAGCUUGCCAGUUUUGUUCGACUGCCACGACUGAUCAAUUCCUCGGAGCGAGCUUCAACAUCUUUUACUCGCACCACUGGCGGAAUACGGGGCUGUUGUUUGUGUAUAUUGGAGUCAAUAUUAUCAGCUUGUACUUGAUGACCUACAUCUUCCGCGUUCGCACGACCAGCAUAUUUUCGGUGUUCCGGAGGGGCAAAAAGAGCUCCAACUAG